AUGGGGAGCCCACAGGACGACGCCAGGAGCGCGCAAGUGCCGAAGCACGCCGAAUCGGCGCGUGCUGCCGUCCACAAUCGUGAUGAAGACGUCUCCGCGAGCAUUUCAACAACCCAGGCUUGGGCCACCAUCACAAUCCGCGUCGGUCGAUGUCUCGAGUCGAUUGGCGGACCGGCACGAACCGUUCCACAUCCGACCGAGACACAUCGCCGGCCCCCAUCCGCUUCCCUCCCGACCAUUUCAAGCACUCUUUGA